AUGCACGCCCUCCAUGACCGACCACCGCCCAAUGAAUUGGAUAAGGAAAAGGGUGAUAUCUGUUCACAACUGGGAGAAGAUGCAGAUACAUUACACCCUUCAGACUCCAUUUCCAACAGAAAUUCCCGUGGUGAUGCAAAAGUCCAUGAGGGAGCAUGUCUGGGAGUUAAGAUCGAACUGAAAAAGAAGGAUGCCUACGACGAACUCCCGUACAGUUACUCGCCGUCCACGAAAUGGAUGAUCCUCACCGUCAUCUUCCUCGUCCAGACAUCCAUGAACUUCAACACGUCGCUGUACUCGAACGGUCUUGCCGGCAUCUCGGAAGAGUUUGGCAUUAGCCUUCAGACGGCCCGCUGGGGCGCAGCUAUUUUCCUCAUCACCUAUGCCUUUGGGUGCGAGCUUUGGGCGCCGUGGUCCGAAGAGCUUGGUCGCAAAAAGGUCCUGCAGGCUUCGCUCUUUCUGGUCAACAUUUGGGCCAUCCCAGUCGCCCUCGCUCCCAAUUUCGCAACCAUCCUCGUCGGCCGCGCCCUAGGCGGACUGUCAUGCGCUGGUGGCAGUGUCACUCUCGGCAUGAUUGCCGACAUGUACGAGCCUGCUCACCAGCAGGUUGCCGUCUCCUACAUCGUCUUCUCCUCGGUCGGCGGAUCAGUCCUAGGCCCCAUCAUUGGCGGCUUCGUCGAGACGUAUCUGGACUGGAGAUGGUGCAUCUGGAUCCAGUUGAUCUUUGGCGGCUUUGUUCAGCUUCUUCACCUAUUGUGUGUUCCAGAGACAAGGACUAGUAUCCUGCUGGACAGAAUAGCCAAGAGGCGCAGAGAGUCAGGCAUUGCGCCCAGUCUCUACGGCCCCAAUGAGCUUCACCCCAUCCUGCAGCGUCUCAGCUGGAAGGAGUUGACGCGCACCUGGCUUCGUCCAUUUAAAAUGUUUGUUACAGAGCCGAUUGUCCUCACUCUCUCGCUACUGUCAGGAUUCUCCGAUGCCCUCAUCUUCAUGCAGAUCCAGUCCUUGGUUCUGGUCUACAAUCAAUGGGGCUUCUCCAAGAUCCAGCUUGGCCUCGCUUUCAUCCCCAUUGGCUUGGGGUACUUGAUCGCCUGGCUGUCUUUCCUACCAGCUUUUAAGCGCAACAAGAGGGCACGCGAUCUUAAGCCCCAUGAUGAGCAUGCGCAGUACGAGUCUCGACUAUGGUGGCUUCUCUGGACUGCGCCAUGCUUGCCCAUUGGCCUGAUCAUCUUUGCCUGGACUUGUAGCGGGCCACCCAUCCACUGGAUUGGAACCAUGAUUGGCUCCAUGAUCAUUGGCAUUGCAAACUAUUCCAUCUACAUGGCGACCAUUGAUUAUAUGAUCUGCGCCUACGGUCCCUACUCAGCCUCUGCUACCGGAGGCAACGGAUGGGCGCGCGACUUCCUUGCCGGUGUCCUAACGGUGCCGGCAACGCCGUUUGUUAGCAACAUUGGCGGGAAGAGGCACCUGGAGAUUGCCAAUACCAUCCUGUUCGCCAUCUCCCUUCUUCUCGUCGCGGCGGUCUACCUGACGUAUAUAUACGGACCCAUUCUCCGGAAUAAAUCCAAAUAUGCGCAAGAUCUGGCCAAAAAGGCCGCCCGAGAUGAGUCUGGACACUCGCGGCCUCCUUCCAGAAUCUUUGACCAAGACGUGACUUGUCCCUGA